AUGUCAUACGGCUCCAAAGGCAAGGCACCAAGUAGCGGGCCACCUCCCAAGCGCUCUUCCUCACCGCCUAUUGACGAUGCGAGCGCAUACAAGGAGAAGACGGUGCAAUACGCGAGCUACACCUCCGCUGCUGCUGCUCCUUCUCAGGCUCCAUUCUCACCGCCAAACACAGCACAGUGGUUCUCCUCUCCACCUUCGUCUGCGCCAGGUAUGGCGCAUGCAUACGCGGCAAAUGUGGCCACGCCUGGUCCAAGCACCGCCAAAUUGUAUGCCGAGCAACCCGAUACGGCUGACCAGUUUCAAUUCUCCACAACACUCCGGAAAGGUAGGUGGCACUCAUCAGCGCGAGUACACUAUGCGGCAUGCCCUGAAUGCUGACAGGCGGCCUCACUAAUGACGUACAUCUCUGAAAGCAUCAAUCCAUGGAGAAGAGGCAGGGCGUGCGUCAUACCCGCCUGCUCCACAGCCCUCUUCAAGCUCGGCCUCGCUGCACUACACACACGAACCCAUCGCUGCUAUCCUACACUCCCUCGCUACGUCGCUGGAGACAGGACUCUCCGCGUCCUCGGGCGCAGUGGAGUCAGCCAGGACGAGGGCAGGAGGGCCAAACGAAUUCACAGUCAAGGCAUCCGAUCCGCCCUGGAGGAAGUUCUUGGAUCAGUUCAAGGAACCCUUGAUUUUGCUUUUGAUGGGCAGCGCUGCAGUGAGCGCAUUCAUGGGAGAAUGGGAUGAUGCUGUAAGCAUUACCAUCGCCGUUGUCAUAGUCAUCUCCGGUGAGUUUUUUGAACGACGCGCAUACGCGGAUCUGACGCUGUGUGAGGAAUCGAGCUGAAGGUGGGGUCUUGCCAUGCGCAAAUCAGUCGCAUUUGUGCAGGAGCAAAGGUCGGAAGCUUCACUGGAAGCAUUGAACAAGCUGGUUCCGCACUACGCUCACCUGAUCAGAGACAAUGUUCAGACCACCGUACUAGCCAACGAGCUGGUUCCUGGAGAUCUAGUCACCUUUUCAACCGGUGAUAGAAUCCCAGCUGAUAUCAGGAUAGCACACUCGGUAGCUCUGGAGAUCGACGAAAGCACGCUGACUGGAGAGACGAGGCCUAGGCGGAAAGUUGCAGAAGUAAUUCCCAGGAGUGCGGACGGAUCCGACGUUGCCAUCGCGGAUAGAGACAACAUUGCGUUUAUGGGCACUCUGGUCAAAAGUGGUGAGCUUGUCUUCUUUCAGGUGGUGCGCAAAGUCAUCGCCACCACUAAAAACAUAAAAUUCAUGGCCAAAUCUGGAUGACCAGGGUAUGGGCGAGGCGUUGUCGUAGGAACAGGAGCUCGCACCGAGUUUGGUAUGAUUUUCAGCAUGGUGGACGAAGUCACUGAGAAGAGGACGCCUUUGCAACUCAGUAUGGACGAACUUGCACAGAAGCUGAGCUUGAUCAGCUUUGCCAUCAUUGGGGUGAUCUGCAUUAUGGGAGUACUGCAGAGCAAGCCUUGGUUGGAGAUGUUCACAAUUGGAGGUAAGUAGAGGGACUCGACCAACGCCGGUUCCAGGCGCCCACCUUUAUAGAAAAAACGAAUUGAGCGCUUCCCGAAUUCCCUUUGGCGUCCCCAGUGUCAUUAGCGGUCGCGGCCAUCCCAGAAGGAUUGCCAAUCGUGGUCACAGUCACUCUGGCCCUCGGUGUGCUUCGCAUGUCCAAACGAAAAGCGAUCGUGAAGCGCUUGCCAUGCGUGGAGACUUUGGGCUGCGUAUCGGUCAUUUGCUCCGACAAGACGGGAACUCUAACCUGCAAUCAGAUGGCCGUCGUGCGCGCAUUCACAUUCGAGGACGGUCAGAUCGACUUGAAUAAGGCAAUCCCACACAAACCAUCGGAAGCUUUGCAACGGAGCCUAUUAGUUGGCAAUUUGUGCAACAACUCCCACAGAGACUCGAAUGGGCACUUCGUCGGGCAAGCUACGGACGUAGCUAUGGUUGAUGUUCUAGCCUUAUUCUCACUCGAGGACAAGAGGCCUUACUUUCAAAUUUCUCACGAGGUGCCCUUUGACUCGGAAACCAAAUUUAUGGCUGUAGUCGGCAACCUGCCAUCCGCGGCAGGAGGCAAGGCGGAUGAGGUCACUUUCGCGAAGGGCGCCUUAGAGGUGAUCCUCAACCGAUGUGCUACCUACAUGGGCACACAAGGAAGAAGAGUUAAUCUGGACGACCAAGCGAGCAAACGAAUUGCAGAUGCAGCGCAGGAGCUUGCUGGUUCGGGCUUGAGAGUCCUCGCUACUGCAGUCGGCUCCACAAACAACGCACAUGAGAACAAAAGCCUGACUUUCUGUGCUCUUGCAGCUAUGCAGGAUCCUCCUAGACCUGGUGUGCAAGAAGCAGUGGCUGCACUGUCCAGGGGCGGGGUCAGCGUCGUCAUGAUCACAGGAGACUCGGAGUCCACAGCGGUCGCCAUUGCGCGUCAAAUUGGUAUUUUGCGGGGAUCAUCAACAGCUUCCAGCGUCAUGACUGGCAAGCAGAUCGAUCAGCUAUCCGAAGCUCAGCUUGAGGAGAGGAUAGGAAACGUAGCUGUCUUUGCUAGGACCACACCGAGGCACAAGAUGUCCAUCGUCAAGGCUUUCCAGGAAAAAGGACACGUGGUCGCUAUGACUGGUGACGGUGUCAAUGACGCCCCGAGCUUGAAACAAGCCGACAUUGGCAUUUCGAUGGGUCAAGGAGGUACAGAUGUGGCAAAGGAGGCGGCUGACGUGAUACUGGUGCACGACAACUUUGCCACCAUUUUGCCCGCCGUGGAGGAGGGUGAGUAGUGUCAGAGUGGUAUGACCUCAUUCAGCAAGCACGCUGACUUACAUGGGUCUUGCGUACUGAUGCGUGACUCGCAACUAGGCAAAGGGAUAUUCUUCAAUAUUCAAAACUUCCUCAGCUUUCAGCUGUCGACUGCAGUCGCAGCUCUGACGCUGAUCACUCUGUGCACAGCUUUCGGUCUCAAACUACCGCUGAACCCCAUGCAAAUCCUCUUUAUCAAUAUCCUUAUGGACGGACCUCCUUCGCAAAGCCUCGGCGUGGACCCUGUGGAUCCUGGUGUCAUGCUGAGACCGCCCAGAUCUAAGACGGCGCCCAUCAUCACUCGAAAAUUGAUUGCCAGAAUAUGCUUCUCGGCUAGCAUCAUUGUUGUGGGUACUCUGUGGGUCUAUGUCCACGAACUUCAAGAUGGAUUUGCUGAUCAGAGAGAUCAGACCAUGGUGAGUCAUCAAUCACUCAAAUCGAUCGAGAUGAUCAGAUUGGGUCAAGGCUGAACGCUUCGCGCCUUCUUCCGCGCGCAGACGUUCACAUGCUUCGUCUUGUUGGAUUUGACGUCGGCAAUCCAGAACAGAGGAUUAUCAACACCGCUGAACGGCAACAAGAUGUUGACGUUGACCAUCUCCGCAUCUUUGUUCACUCAACUUCUCCUCGUCUACUUUCCACCUCUUCAGGGCGUCUUUCAGACGCAGGCACUCGCUUUUGCAGAUCUCGCGCUCCUGCUCUUCAUCGCUGCUCUCGGCUUUGCGGCACAUGAGGGACGGAGGAGAUACGAAAGAGGAAUAA